AUGGAAGUAUUGGAGCUUCUCAAGUUCGAAGUCAGUGACACCAUAGUGACUGUGACUCUGUCCGUGGCUCUCUUGGCCCUCCUGAAAUGGUACUCCACAUCGGCGUUCUCAAGACUGGAGAAGUUGGGCAUCAAACACCCGAAGCCUUCUCCUUUCAUUGGAAACUUGAUGUUUUUCCACCAGGGCUUUUGGAAGAGCCAAUUGGAACUCCGAGAGCGAUACGGGCCUCUGUGUGGGUACUAUCUUGGCCGUCGGAUGUAUGUUGUCAUUUCAGAGCCAGAGAUGAUCAAGCAGGUGUUGGUUGAGAAGUUCAGUAACUUUUCCAAUAGAAUGGCCUCAGGUCUGGAAUCCAAGCUGAUAGCAGACAGUGUCCUGUUGUUACGUGACAGAAGAUGGGAAGAAGUCAGAGGUGCCCUGAUGUCUGCAUUCAGUCCUGAACGGUUAAAUGAGAUGACACCUCUCAUCAGCCAAACCUGUGAACGUCUUGUGGCUCACCUAAAACACUAUGCAGCAUCCAGGGACGCAUUCGACAUCCAGAGGUGUUACUGCUGUUACAGCACAGAUAUGGUGGCCAGUGUGGCCUUUGGCACCCAGGUGGACUCCCAGAAUGCUCCGGAAGAUCCCUUUGUGCAAUACUACCAGCAGUUUUUUGCCUUCUGUAUCCCCAGGCCUCUCCUGGCUUUAAUCUUAUCAUUUCCAUCCAUAAUGGUCCCAUUGGCCCGGAUUCUGCCCAAUAAGAACCGAGAUGAACUGAAUGGCUUUUUUAACACACUCAUUAGGAAUGUGAUUGCCUUACGGGACCAGCAAGCCGCAGAAGAGAGGCGGAGAGACUUCCUGCAGAUGGUGCUGGAUGCCCGGCUUUCCAUGAGCUCUGUGGGUGUGGAAAGCUUUGACAUGGUCACAAAAGCCCUGUCCUCUACUGAGUGCACAGGGGACCCACCCCAAAGGUGCCAUCCUACGUCCACAUCCAAGCCUUUAACCAUGGAUGAAAUUGUGGGCCAGGCCUCCCUAUUCCUCAUUGUUGGCCACGAGUUCAUCAGGAAUAUGCUCUCCUUCAUCACAUACCUGCUGGCCACCCACCCUGACUGCCAGGAGAGGCUUCUGAAAGAGGUGGACCUCUUCAUGGAGAAACACCCUGCCCCUGAGUACAGAAACCUGCAGGAAGGUCUGCCUUAUCUGGACAUGGUGAUUGCAGAGACCCUGAGGAUGUACCCACCAGCUUUCAGGUUCACACGGGAGGCAGCACAGGACUGUGAGAUUCUGGGACAGCGCAUCCCUGCAGGUACAGUGCUGGAGAUAGCUGUGGGUGCCCUACACCAUGACCCAGAGUACUGGCCAGACCCUGAGACCUUUGACCCUGAAAGAUUCACAGCAGAGGCCCGACUUCAGCAGAGGCCGUUCACAUACCUGCCCUUUGGAGCUGGUCCCAGGGGCUGCCUCGGAGUACGGCUGGGGUUGUUGGUGGUCAAGCUGACACUACUCCAGGUCCUACACAAGUUCCGCUUUGAAGCCAGUCCUGAGACUCAGGUUCCACUUCAGCUAGAAUCCAAAUCUGCACUAACCCCCCAAAAUGGAGUCUACAUCAAGAUUGUGUCACGUGAUAUAGAAGACAUGUGGGAAAGAGGAAGCACUUUGUAA